UAACCUCAUUUUGUUGGCAACAGAAAUUCGUCAUCUGUCAAAGUUAUUUUUUGGUGCGGUGUGGUUUAUUGUUCACAUGGUAUAAAAAAUGUCGAUUUUCGCAAGUCCUCUGUCUGUUGCUGGCACCAGAACCUCAGGAGCCCCCGUACGAACUCAAAAUGUCAUGGCAGCAGCCUCUAUCGCCAAUAUCGUCAAAAGCUCCCUCGGCCCCGUCGGACUCGACAAAAUGUUAGUAGACGAUAUUGGAGACGUCACUGUUACAAACGAUGGGGCCACGAUUUUGCGCCUCUUGGAAGUGGAGCACCCCGCUGCGAAAGUCUUGGUCGAACUGGCGCAGCUACAAGACGAGGAAGUGGGCGAUGGGACCACUUCCGUUGUUAUAAUCGCCGCUGAAUUGUUAAAAAACGCGGACGAGCUCGUUAAGCAAAAAAUCCACCCGACUUCAAUCAUCAGCGGCUACCGCUUAGCAUGCAAAGAAGCGUGUCGUUACAUCCAGGACAACCUCACAAUCCCCGUUGAAGAACUGACCCGCCAGUGCAUAAUCAACGUUGCGAAAACUUCAAUGAGUUCGAAAAUUAUUGGCGCCGAUGCCGAUUUGUUCUCGACAAUGGUUGUAGACGCAGCUAACGCGAUAAAAGUCGUUGAUGCGUCCAAAAACACGAUUUACCCCAUUAAAGCUGUAAACAUCCUCAAAGCACACGGACGUAGCGCUAGGGAGAGUAUCCUAGUCCAGGGUUACGCCUUAAACUGCACUGUUGCGAGUCAAGCAAUGCCGAAAAAAAUCGUACAUGCGAAAAUCGCUUGUUUGGACUUUUCGCUCCAGAAAGCCAAGAUGAAGAUGGGGGUACAAGUUUUGAUCAAUGAUCCUGAUAAACUGGAAGGGAUCCGUAACCGAGAGUUGGAUAUUACGAAAGAACGGAUCCAGAAGAUUCUGGCAACUGGGGUCAACGUUGUGCUUGUUAGUGGAGGGAUUGACGAUCUGUGUUUGAAGUAUUUUGUGGAAAAUGGGGCCAUGGGAGUUAGGAGAGUGAAGAAAGCGGAUUUGAAACGCAUUGCCAAGGCCACAGGGGCCACUUUCCUGACCUCUUUGACCAACAUGGACGGGGAAGAGACUUUCGACUCGAGCAUGGUAGGGGAGGCUGCCGAGGUCGUCCAAGAGCGCAUUUCCGAUGAUGAACUCAUUUUAAUCAAAGGGCCUAAGGCCAGGACUGCAGCCUCGAUAAUUCUCCGCGGCCCUAAUGACUUCUACUGCGACGAAAUGGAACGCUCAGUGCAUGAUGCUCUAUGUGCUGUUAAGAGAGUGCUAGAAUCGAAGAGUGUCGUGGCAGGUGGGGGGUCAGUAGAAGCGGCACUUUCGAUCUACUUGGAAAAUUUUGCCACGACUUUGAGUUCCCGCGAACAAUUGGCUAUUGCCGAGUUUGCCAAAAGUCUGCUCGUGAUUCCUAAAACUCUGGCUGUGAAUGCGGCCCAAGAUGCGACUGAUUUAGUCGCCAAAUUGCGAGCGUAUCAAAAUACGAGUCAAACCAAGGCAGAUUUGGCCAACUUGAAAUGGGUGGGAUUGGAUCUGAUUGAAGGGACCGUCAAGGAUAAUAAAAAAGCUGGGGUUUUGGAACCGACCAUUUCGAAAGUCAAGUCGCUGAAAUUUGCGACUGAGGCCGCUAUUACCAUUUUGAGAAUUGAUGACAUGAUCAAGUUGGACCCCGAACAGAAGGGGGAUAAGAGUUAUAAACACGCGAUGGAGAGUGGAGAGUUGUACGACUAGAGUUUGAGUAUUAAUUAAUUUUGUAUUUUGCGUCAUUAACACAUUACUACUUAUAAAAAACUCGAAAUAAAAAAUUCACAUACUA